AUGGAAAAGUUUCAAGUAGUUCCAAUUCAAUCAGUAACAAAAAGAAAAAUAAAUCGAAAUGCAACAGAAUUUAAUUCAGAAAAUAAUAAUUUAAAUGUUGAUGAUAUUGUUAAUGUUAUUGAUGGAUCAUUUUCAAAUAGUCAAGGUCAAAUAAACCAUCUUUAUGGUCAUCUUAUUUUUAUAUUUUGUCAUAUAUUAAUUAAAUAA